AUGGGCGUGAAGGAUGGCGAACAGCGAGAGGGUUUCCUGACUGCUGUAGAAAAGCAUUUUGAGAAGAUAGCUGAAGCGGAGCGAGCGGCUGAGGAGGAACGGCUCAGGGAGGCUGAGCGAAGGGCUCGACCAGCGAGCAAGGUCACUGCCGUGUUGGCUUUCGUAGGAGUCUUCGCAGCGAUAUACAUAUGCCUAAGGACCACUGGUGGUCUCUAUCGCCUCACCUACCCGGACGCUGGUCUUGGUGACCUUUAG